AUGUCACAAUACAAGAAUAAUACUCAUCAUCAAGAAGAAGACACUCAACAUCAACAUGAUGAUGAUGAGAUAAGAGGAGAGAUAGCUGUAUUAGAUAAUACCCCAGAGAUAUUUGAUAAUAAUGAUGAAGAAGAUGAAGAAGGGUUAAAGAAAGCAACAGAAUGGAACGUUAAUAGGCAUACAUGCGUGAUGAAUUGA